CUUUUAUAAUGUAUUGUAUUUUUUCAUCUUAAACUAAAAUUGAGUUUCCUUUCAGCGCUCUGCCGCAAACCCUAAUGUCGUUCCUUGAGGAAUUUCAAGCCAAUUUGGAUUCGCUGCCUGUUAUACUUCAAAAGAAGUAUGCGUUGUUACGUGACUUAGAUAAGAGCUUACAGGAUAUUCAAAGGCAAAAUGAACAGCGUUGUGAACAUGAAAUUGAAGAUAUUAGGAGGGGAGUUAGGUCGGGAAACAUUACACCUGAUACUUCAGUUAUUAGAUUCUCUGAUGAAGCGCUUGAUGAGCAAAAGCAUAGUAUCAGGGUUGCUGAUGAAAAAGUUGCCUUGGCUGUCCAGGCAUAUGAUUUGGUAGAUACACACAUACAACAACUUGAUCAGUAUCUUAAAAAGUUUGAUGAGGAGCUUCGGCGUGAAAGAGAAAAUGCUGCAAUAACUGGAGUGGCUGCUUCAGGUCCAGCGGGUAAUACAAAAUCUGGAAGGGGCAAUGAAAGUGGGACUGGUAGAGGAGGGCGAAAAAAAACACGACAAACCACAUUGGUCACAGCGGCAGCAACAGAAGCACAAACCACAGCAAAGCCAACUGGCAUGGAUUUAGAUUUGCCUGUUGAUCCAAAUGAACCCACAUACUGCAUUUGUAAUCAAGUUAGCUAUGGAGCGAUGGUGGCAUGUGAUAACCCCAACUGCAAAAUAGAGUGGUUCCAUUUCGGUUGUGUUGGUCUGAAAGAGCAACCAAAAGGAAAAUGGUACUGUUCAAAUUGCGCAGCAACCAAAAAUCGGCGUAGAGGCAAAUGAGGCUGAAAGAAGAAUAAGAAUAAUCUUAAAAAAUGAACGUGUAUAUCUGAAUAUCUCUAGAAGGGUGUUAUUUAUUAUUCGGGAAAUUUUGAAAUAGUUAAUUUCCAACGACUUUUGUAUGAUGUAUAUGUUCUUGUAUGAAGAAUUAAUUGGUUUGCACACAUUUCA